AUGAGCAAUGCCUAUCCAUAUGCUUUGGACCUGAAUUGCUCUAGGCUUCAUAACUCUCCAAGAUCGUCCCUGAGGCAUCAUCGGCCUGCCAAACGCAGCAUCAGUCGUCAUCCACCCGCAAAUCACACGGCGGAUGUCUUUCACGACUCAGAAUUGGGAGGAGAAUCGGAAGAUGGCGAAUGGGGAAUGGUCGACGGGAUGAGGCUGUGGAAGAAUGACGCAUUGAUGCAGCAUCUGUACGGGACGGCUUCGUUCUGGGGCGACGAAAUCCUCGAGGACGAGUACUUCAAAUUGAAUCUUCUUCUGCUUAAUUGCCCAAUCCGAAAUACAGACGAUCGGAACGAUGCACUCUGGCUAGCCCAGACAUACUUCAUGAUUCACCAGUUCUCCCGCGCAGAAGGAUUGCUGCCGCAUUCGUUCCCUGUUAUCGUUCUCUCGUAACCAGAAGAAACUAAGGGACUGUUCACCCGAGGGGAGGCGUGUUUGGAAUAGGGAAUAGUAAAGCCGUGCUUGAACCGUGCUGUUUCUUGUACCGUCUGGAUAUCUCCAAUCUGGGAGUACCACCUGCUUUCAUUAACACGGGACUGCGCGUUUGAUGUCGGGUCGAAGUUAUCCGAUACAGAUAUGUAAACUCGCCAAGUACUUAUAUCGCCUAUACAAU